CCCUCUGCCCCAGAGGAACGGGCACCAAAUCUCGGGAAACAAUGAAGCCUCCGCGGCGCGCAGAGGGCACCCGGGAGCAAUCGGCACCCAGCCGCGCGCCCUGAUGCGGGCCAGUGAGGCCGCGUGGGGCUGUAACCCGGCCUCGCCCGCCCAGGCGGUCUGACUUCGCUUCACACUGCAGCGACACUGCCACCCCUCUCCCUUCUUCGCGGUGCGGCUUCCACUCCAGCCCGGCUUUCCCCUCCUCGCCCUCCAGUUCUGGGCGGGGGCGUCCAGGGGUGCCCCACUGCUCCCCGCCACAGGUCUCAGGCUGGCGCAAUGAGGAGUGGCAGGGGGUGACCCUGCGCUCCUCGCCGCCGCGGGCGCGGGCCCCAGGAUUUGAAGUUGCGAGAAGCAGCCGCCACCUCCCGGGCGCUCCGCACUGCGCGGCAGCGGGAUCUACGCCUCCAGGAGCUGCCCAGCUCUCCCUCUAGGGGUGCAGAGCGAGCACGCGAGACACCCGGACCUCCCCUGGGCGCCAGCUCCGCGGCUCCAACGGGUCCAGAAACAAGCCGGAUUUUUUUUUUUCUUCCUGGAAAUUGGCUUUGGUGUGUGUUGCCCUACCUCCCUCCUCCCGCUCCCACCCACAGCCCCCCCUCCCUUUUUUUUUUUUUUUUUUUUUUUUGAGACAUGGCCCGGGCAGUGGCUCCUGGAAGAGGAACAAGUGUGGGAAAAGGGAGAGGAAGCCGGAGCUAAAUGACAGGAUGCAGGCGACUUGAGACACAAAAAGAGAAGCGUUCCUCUCGGAUCCAGGCAUUGCCUUGCUGCUUUCCUUUCUCCAAGACGGGCUGAGGAUUGUACAGCUCUAGGCGGAGUUGGGGCUCUUCGGAUCGCUUGGAUUCCCCUCUUUGCUGCAUUUCCCCCACGUCCUCGUUCUCCCGCGUCUGCCUGCGGACCCGGCAAAGGGAGAAUGGAGAAAGGGUUGCCGCUCCUCUGCGCCGCGCUCGCCCUCGCCCUCGCCCUGGCCGGCGCUUUUCGCAACGAUAAAUGUGGCGAUACUAUAAAAAUUGAAAGCCCCGGGUACCUUACAUCUCCUGGUUAUCCUCAUUCUUAUCACCCAAGUGAAAAAUGUGAAUGGCUGAUUCAGGCUCCGGACCCAUACCAGAGAAUUAUGAUCAACUUCAACCCUCACUUCGAUUUGGAGGACAGAGAUUGCAAGUAUGACUACGUGGAAGUCUUCGAUGGAGAAAAUGAAAAUGGACGUUUAUGGGGAAAGUUCUGUGGAAAGAUAGCCCCUCCUCCUGUUGUGUCUUCAGGGCAAUUUCUUUUUAUCAAAUUUGUCUCUGACUACGAAACACAUGGUGCAGGAUUUUCCAUACGUUAUGAAAUUUUCAAGAGAGGUCCUGAAUGUUCCCAGAACUACACAACACCUAGUGGAGUGAUAAAGUCCCCUGGAUUCCCUGAAAAAUAUCCCAACAGCCUUGAAUGCACUUAUAUUGUCUUUGCACCAAAGAUGUCAGAGAUUAUCCUGGAAUUUGAAAGCUUUGACCUGGAGCCUGACUCAAAUCCUCCAGGGGGGAUGUUCUGUCGCUAUGACCGGCUGGAAAUCUGGGAUGGAUUCCCUGACGUUGGCCCUCACAUUGGGCGUUACUGUGGACAGAAAACACCAGGUCGAAUCCGAUCCUCAUCGGGCAUUCUCUCCAUGGUUUUUUAUACCGACAGCGCAAUAGCAAAAGAAGGUUUCUCAGCAAACUACAGUGUCUUGCAGAGCAGUGUCUCAGAAGAUUUCAAAUGUAUGGAAGCUGUGGGCAUGGAAUCAGGAGAAAUUCAUUCUGACCAGAUCACAGCUUCUUCCCAGUAUAGCACCAACUGGUCUGCAGAGCGCUCCCGCCUGAACUAUCCUGAGAAUGGGUGGACUCCCGGAGAAGAUUCCUACCGAGAGUGGAUACAGGUGGACUUGGGCCUUCUGCGCUUCGUUACGGCUGUCGGGACACAGGGCGCCAUUUCAAAAGAAACCAAGAAGAAAUAUUAUGUCAAGACUUACAAAGUCGACGUUAGCUCCAACGGGGAAGACUGGAUCACCAUAAAAGAAGGAAACAAACCUGUUCUCUUUCAGGGAAACACCAACCCCACAGAUGUUGUGGUUGCUGUAUUUCCCAAGCCACUGAUAACUCGAUUUGUCCGAAUCAAGCCUGCAACUUGGGAAACUGGCAUAUCUAUGAGAUUUGAAGUGUAUGGUUGCAAGAUAACAGAUUAUCCUUGCUCCGGAAUGUUGGGUAUGGUGUCUGGACUUAUUUCUGACUCCCAGAUCACAUCAUCCAACCAAGGGGACAGAAACUGGAUGCCUGAAAACAUCCGCCUGGUAACCAGUCGCUCCGGCUGGGCACUGCCACCCGCACCUCAUUCCUACGUCAAUGAGUGGCUCCAAAUAGACCUGGGGGAGGAGAAGAUCGUGAGGGGCAUCAUCAUUCAGGGUGGGAAGCACCGAGAGAACAAGGUGUUCAUGAGAAAGUUCAAGAUCGGGUACAGCAACAACGGCUCCGACUGGAAGAUGAUCAUGGACGACAGCAAACGCAAGGCAAAGUCUUUUGAGGGCAACAACAACUAUGACACACCUGAGCUGCGGACUUUUCCAGCUCUCUCCACGCGAUUCAUCAGGAUCUACCCCGAGAGAGCCACUCAUGGCGGACUGGGGCUCCGAAUGGAGCUGCUGGGCUGUGAAGUGGAAGCCCCUACAGCUGGACCGACCACUCCCAACGGGAACCCAGUGGAUGAAUGUGAUGACGACCAGGCCAACUGCCACAGUGGAACAGGUGAUGACUUCCAGCUCACAGGUGGCACCACUGUGCUGGCCACAGAAAAGCCCACGGUCAUAGACAGCACCAUACAAUCAGAGUUUCCAACAUACGGUUUUAACUGUGAAUUUGGCUGGGGCUCUCACAAGACCUUCUGCCACUGGGAACAUGACAAUCACGUGCAGCUCAAGUGGAGUGUGUUGACCAGCAAGACGGGACCCAUUCAGGAUCACACAGCAGGAGAUGGCAACUUCAUCUAUUCCCAAGCUGAUGAAAAUCAGAAGGGCAAAGUGGCUCGCCUGGUGAGCCCUGUGGUUUAUUCCCAGAACUCUGCCCACUGCAUGACCUUCUGGUAUCACAUGUCUGGGUCCCACGUCGGCACACUCAGGGUCAAACUGCACUACCAGAAGCCAGAGGAGUACGAUCAGCUGGUCUGGAUGGCCAUUGGACACCAAGGUGACCACUGGAAGGAAGGGCGUGUCUUGCUCCACAAGUCUCUGAAACUUUAUCAGGUGAUUUUCGAGGGCGAAAUCGGAAAAGGAAACCUUGGUGGGAUUGCUGUGGAUGACAUUAGUAUCAAUAACCACAUUUCACAAGAAGAUUGUGCAAAACCAGCAGACCUGGAUAAAAAGAACCCAGAAAUUAAAAUUGAUGAAACAGGGAGCACACCAGGAUAUGAAGGUGAAGGAGAAGGUGACAAGAACAUCUCCAGGAAGCCAGGCAAUGUGUUGAAGACCUUAGACCCCAUCCUCAUCACCAUCAUAGCCAUGAGCGCCCUGGGGGUCCUCCUGGGGGCUGUGUGUGGGGUUGUGCUGUACUGUGCCUGUUGGCAUAAUGGGAUGUCAGAAAGAAACUUGUCUGCCCUGGAGAACUAUAACUUUGAACUUGUGGAUGGUGUGAAGUUGAAAAAAGACAAACUGAAUACACAGAGUACUUAUUCGGAGGCAUGAAGGCGGACAGUGAUGAAAAGACAGUCAGAGGACAGAAGUGGAAGGACGGGAGUGAGCUGGGGAGCUAUUGAUCUUUCACUAUACAGGCUGGGAAGUGUGUUGAUGACCACUGAGCCAGGCUUUUCUCAGGAGCUUCAAUGAGUAUGGCCGACAGACAUGGACAAGGAGCUGUGUUCACCAUCGGACUCAUGUACAGUCAGCUUUUUUCCUGUUGGUUUCAUUUGAAUAAUCAGAUGCUGGUGUUGAGACCAAGUAUGGUUGACUUAAUCAUUCAUUUCGACCCCUCCUGCCCCCCCAGCCUCCUCUCCCUUUUAUGGAUUCUUUUUGGAAACUGUGCGAAAUCCAAGAUGCUGGCACCAAGCGUAUUCCGUGUGGCCCUUUGGAUGGACAUGCUACCUGAAACCCAGUGCCCAGAAUAUACUAGAAUCACCGCGUAUCAGUGGACUCCUGAAGUUGUACUUGUGUAUAAUUGCCCGCGUCGUGCAUAGGCAAAGAAGGAUUAGGCUGUUUUCUUUUUAAAGUACUGUAGCCUCAGUACCAGUAUAGUGCAUCAGCCCUGUUUACGAAGCAAUACUGUCCGAUUUUCUUGCUGUUUUUCCAGUGUUGUACUAAACCUCGUGCUUGUGAACUCCAUACAGAAAACAGUGCCAUCCCUGAACACGGCUGGCCACUGGGUGUACUGCUGACAACUGCAACAACAAAAACACAAAUCCUUGGCACUGGCUAGUCUAUGUCCUCUCAAGUGCCUUUUUGUUUGUACUGGUUCAUUGUGUUACAUUAACGACCCACUCUCUUUCUUGCUGGUGAAAGCCCUACUCUUUAAUCAAACCGUGGUGGCCCACUGACUAAGAAGAAAGUUUAUUUUCGUGUGAGACGUCAGCCCCUCCGGGCAGGCAAGGGCUCUGAAGAUUUGGCAACGUGGCUUAAUUGUUCUGCUUUUUCUGUAGUUCAAUUUCAUGUCUCUUGACCCUUUUGUAUAAAGCUGCAAUAUUCUCUCUUGUUGUUCUUUCAUAUGGAAUGUAUUUUCAAAUGUAAACUCUUUUCUCUUUCUCUCUCCUAUCUCUCUGUCUUUUUUUCUCUCUUAAAAUUGGAGGAUUUGCCGUUGUCCAGAAAAGAAACUUGCAGCUUUAACCUGCUGGGAAUGGCAAACGAUUUUACUAGACUUUAUGUUUAAAAAUAAAUAAAUAAGGGAAAUUCCUAACUUUGCCCUCCAAAGUCUAACUUUGGUUUUCUUGUUAACUGGUUAAAGUGACAGUAUCUUUUUUCCUUAUCUAUUCUGUUCAAAACGACCUCUGAUAGAAAUGUUGGCAUUUAGUAGAAAUAGUGGUAAGUUGAGGAAAGAAAUAAUACAAAUUGGCUUUCAAGUGAGACCCAAAGGAAGAACUGGAUAAAAUCUUCCAAAUAUCCAAAAGCAUGAGAUUUUUCUAUCCAAAUAUGCAAAAAUGACCCAAGAGAACCUUCUUGUUUUGCUUCUGAGUCAGACAAGGGAAUUGGAAGGAAUAACAGUUAAUUUAAGAAUUAAACUAUAAAUCCUGAUGCCUGGGCGUCAAGUAUUUUAAGAUAAGAGGGGGGAAAACAUAAAGUCAAAACAAAUGGUUUACAAAGUUCAUAACAGCAACCUUGAAAAAAUAAACUUAAAUGAAUGCUUCUAGAAAUUUCCAGCAGCUUGCAAAAAAUAAGCCUGCCUUAGGGCUGGCAAUACCUAAGCCUCUAACAGCACAGGGAAGCAAAUAUCUUACCAGGCAGCCUAUGAAUUAACCCAAAGAAGCUUUGGUGGUUUUUGGUGCAUUUUUAUCAUGCCAUGUUGGACAUGAGAUUUUUUAGAUCUUCCUCCCUUCCCGCUUUGCUAGACGUCUCACUCAAAGACAUUUGUUGGGAGUCACAUUUGCAUCAUAGAUGAGACAGUCCAUUCAUCUUAGUUAAAUUGAAUUGAGAAUGCCUUUUGUUUCCAGGAAAGUAUUGAUCACCAUGAAAGAAGAAUAGUUUUUUGUCCCCAGAGGCAUUCAUUUAGUUGAUAUAAUCCUACCAGAAGGAAAGCACUAAGAAAGACUUGUUUUUUGCUUUUAAAGGCAACAGACUUAAAGUUGUCCUCAGCCAAGGAAAAAUGAUACUGCAACUUUAAAAUUUAAAGUAUCUUGCACUGAUAAAUAUAUUUAAAAAUUAUAUGUUUAUAAAGUUAUUAAUUUGUAAAGGCAGUGUUACAAAAUGUUCAGUUUAUAUUGUUUUAGAUUGUUUUGUAAUUUUUAAAGGUGUAAAAUAACAUAUUUUUUCUUUAUGGAAAUCUAUAAAACUUUCUGUAGUAAAAUGUUUUCAUUUUACUGGUAUAUUAUUGCUUCAUGUUUUGUACCAUCAUAAGAUUUUGUGCAGAUUUUUUUUACAGAAAUUAUUAUUUUCUAUGACAAUAUGACACUUGUAAAUUGUUGUUUCAAAAUGAACAGCGAAGCCUUAACUUUAAAUGACAUUUGUAUUCUCAGACACUGAGUAGCAUAAAAACCACAUAGAACUGAACUGUAACUUAAAUUCCAAACUAUGACUACUACAUUCCAAAGAAACAGUUGAAUUAAACAUUUUCAUAAAAUA